GGCGGGGUAACAUUGCAUGUCCCCUCACCGUUCGCUCAUUCACUUGUACACAAACCUACCUACUCUUAGCCGUAGAUUUGGAAACCGCGUUACAGUCAAGCCGAACGUCGGGGUCCAAGCAGCGCAGACCACGGAGCAGAGCUACGGGUCGACCAUGACCGAAUCUCCUUCAAACAACAUAACCUCCUUCGAAGAAAGCAACCUUGGCGAUGAGAAUGGAGAAAUCUACAUGUUCCAGUGGCUAGGCUCGAAUGAAAGGGCGUUGCAGCAAACAACCGGGGAUCAGCUCAAAGAUGUUCAGCAAGAACUAGUUGACCAAUUGCUGAAGAUAAUCUCUGCACCUGAACCAUAUCCCGCUCCAGGUCGUCCUGUUCGCAGCCUCGUGGCUCAAUGCCUUACGAGGGUCUACACCUAUGGAGAGACGAAGACACUGUUUGAUACAGUUCAAACACUGCUCAAGCACCUCGACCCGAAAGCGGCUUUCAAGGAGAUCAACAAAAUCGCCGCUCUGUGGUGCAUAGGAGAACUCAUGGGGACAUUCGGAGGCCAGAUCAUGUCUCUGAUGGUCGAAACCACUACAGCAUGCCUGAGACUCUCCAAGUCGUCCAAUUCUACUAUCAUUCGGUACCAUGCUUUACUCGCGUUGGAGAAGGCUAUCAGGACGGCGAAGCGUGCUCUGACAGAUUCCUUACUAAAGGACGUCAUCAAGCAAGCCAGGUCUUUCCUUAGUGACAAAUCGUCACCGGUUGUUCGCGCUGCGUGCUGUGUGCUAACCCUCCUGUUUCCUUUCGGAGACGAUUCGAAGAGUCUCCCGGAUGUUGAGCAGAUGGUGCAACUCUCUGUGCGGCAGCUAGAUACGGCCGACCAGCUGACUCGUCACUCCCUUUCCAAGCUGGUUGCCCACGUACUUGGGUCCACGCAGAUGGAGCACGCCGUCCCCGUUCCAGAAGCUCCCAAGCAGAAACAGAAGGCUGGUGGGUUAUCCCAAGAUCAGGAUAAUGAAACGCAGCCUCCAGCGCAAGAGAUGAAGCGCUUGCUCGCACCCCAGGAGAUGCUUGCCCAGUUAUCAGUUCAGUACAACAAGCCAAACGUUACGCGACGAACGAGAGUUGGCAUUUUCGAUUGCUACGUCUCCCUUCUCAGCUUUCUUGGUUCCAACUUCGUGGAAAGCAACUACGCGCUCAUUGUCAACCACUUCAUGACAGAAAUCGUAUCUAAUCCUCGCAGCACUGCAUCACGAUACGAUGUGCUUUUCGUACGAAGCUUAGUGGACAUCGUCUUGCGCGAUCUCAUUGGCGUGCGGACACUCAGCGAGCAGGCGCAGAUAUCUGCUAUCCAGGAGCUUUCUAAUGCGUACUUGAAACGCUGGCCAGCAAUGAUGCCAGGGCAAACCGCGCCAAACCCUUAUGUCCUCGUUGUUGCAUUACGCGAAGUAGGGGGUCUACUUCAACAGCUCGGAAACGCGCCGACCCCUGUGCAAGACUCCCUGGUGGACCCUAUAAUGACCCUGCUCACACAUCCGGUUCACUCCGUUCGGCUCAAUGCAGCUUGGACGCUACGAUGCUUCUGCUACUCGACACCCUUACGUCUCCCUAAGGUCUUGCUCAGUCUUGUUGAGCUGCUCCAAAACGACCUGACAGCCCUCACUACUCCCGCCGCUCCUUCAGACAUUGACACGCGUAUCCUGGGUCGUGCAUACGGCCUGGCCGGACUCCUAUCAGUAAUUCCGAAACGGCCUCUGUAUGCUUCCUACGAUAUCAGCGCGAAUGUUUUUUAUAUUGCCGUGCAGCUGCUCAAGCGCGCGGGCGAGCACGACGUGAAGAUCGCAAAAGUGGAGAUCGAGGUCGCUUGGACACUCGUCGCCGCUCUCAUGACUCUAGGACCAAACGGUGUCCGAGCUCAUCUUCCCCAGCUACUCGUUCUCUGGCGCAACGCUCUUCCGAAGCCCACGACGAAGGACGGUAUGUCUGGGCGAAGCGCAGCAGAGUGGACUUUCCUCCUCAGCGUGCGGGAAUAUGCUCUCAGGGCUGUAUUCUCAUUCCUGCAGCACAACUCGCCAGUUCUUUUGACUGCCGACGUUGCGAGGCGCAUUACAUCUUUAUUGACAAACGCACUCCAGUUCGCGAACACCUUCGCGUCCCAAAAAGUGGUCGAGGAAACGCCUGAAGGAACGACUCAAGAAGGUCGUGGUCUCUCUCUGUCUGCAACUGACGCCCUUUUCCGCUCGCGGAUCUAUCAGGCGUUCAUGGCUUUGGGCGUGUCCAAGGUGUCGGAGACAACACAGGCUGCGCUGUUGCAGUUCGCUGUCUCACUCUUUGCUAGCCCGGAAGGCUAUGUAGGAUCGUCCGUUCAGGCCGCCAUCGCUGCAUCUUCUGGAGCAUUCACGAGCGUCUGGCAGAGCACAGACUGCUAUGCGUAUGGUGUGACUGAUAUUGAAGUCAACGAAGAUUUCUCAACGGACGCAGUGGAAGGCCGAGGCGACUGGCUCAACAGAGAUACUAUACAUGCCUCCAUCGACGAUAUGUGCAAUAAACCAAUCAUUCGCUCACUCGAGCACGAUCCUCUUUCUGUAUGCCAAGCACGGUUCUCGGAGUCGGAUCGCCAAGGGCAAUGUGUUAACACACCUCCGGCAGCGACUGCGGCUAUUGAUGAAGCGAUUCAGUUGUUUUCCCAGCUCCUUCCGUUGCAAGACUCAGCCUCCAUGACACGCACAGUCGCUCAGCUAGUUGAGGCUACGGGAUCAACAAAGUCGGAGAAGAAUACUGGACGGAAAGCUGCUGUCCUUGUCAAUAGCGCGGUCGCUCUUGUUCUGGCCCUUCGCCAAGCGUCCACGCUCAAUAGACAAAUCGCAGAGACGAUUGGUCAUCCCAAGAUCUCCGCACCUCUGGCCGACUUACUGAAGAGUAUCUACCUCGACGAGGACGUUGUGAUGCGCAAGGCAGGCAGUGAAGCUAUCGGCCGUCUCACCAGCCUUGCCGGCACCAACUUCUUUGCAAGCAUUAUAAAGACACUUGUCAACGAAGUAGUCAACAACCGUAACCCAACUGCACGUGCAGGAUGUGCCCUGGCUUUCGGUUCGGUCUAUCAGCAUGUUGGAGGUCUGGCAGCAGGGCCUCUCCUGAAGACUACUGUCCACAUCUUGAUGUCGCUCGUCAACGACCCGCAUCCUGUCGUGAGCUUCUGGGCCGCGAGGGCGCUAUCUCGCGUUAUCGACGCUGCCAGUCUUGCAUACGCCUCUUUCGUUCCCAGCACUCUCGGUCUGCUCUUCCGGGUAUACAUGCUCGAAUCCCACGAGCCUGAGGGCGGUCCGCUUAACUACGUUAACACGAAGGGAGAGCUGCCGUUAUACCAGGCCCUUUGUCAAGCCAUGGAUGCUGUCGUCACGGUCGUCGGUCCAGACAUUCAAGAGUCUGCGCGCACUCGGUCAUUAGUACUCGACCUUGUUCACCAAUUCCUGGCCGAGGAAGAUGACGGCACCUGCGUGGAGGCCAUCAAGUGUGUCCAACAUCUUCUCAUAUUCGCUCCAGACCAUAUCGACGUGCCAAAGCUUGUGGGUCGAUUCCGGAGCUAUUUGUCUUCGUCAAAGCGGCCUCUCAAGCUAGCGUCGAUCAACGCAUUAUACCAACUAGUGCAAAAGGAUGUCAUGACUUUGUCAAGACUCGGAGGCGACCAGCUGGUUGAGGAACUAUUUGCCAUGUUGGAUGACGACGCCUCGGUUGCUGGUGUUCGUAACGUUAUCAUCUCAUGGCUUCAGCAGACGGUCGUCUAUAACCCCUCCGCUUGGAUCGAUCUUUGCCAACGCAUCAUGUCGCGGACGACCGCUUCCCAGCAAGCAGGCGACACCGCCAAACGCAGCGAUAUUGACGACGAGGGCCAGUCACUCAGCAUCGAUCCUACUGCUAACAGUGAUGGCGCCGACGGUCUUCGCUCAACGGCAAGAUGGCGAACUCAGUUGUUUGCGCUGCAGUGCCUGCACGAGAUUUGUAUCACUGUUUCACGAUCUAGUCGCAGAGAGCACUUGGAUAUUGCGUUCGCGAGGGCACAAGGCAUUCCCUUGCCAAGGUUACUCGUAUCUCGCAUCGCGGAUCUCAUACGCACGGCAUUCACCGCCUCUGCAGCGCACGUAAUGGAGAUUCGACUUGAGGGUCUUACGGUCUUGAGGGAUGUCAUCGAGAUCUUCUCCCGCUCGCCAGAUCCAGACUUCGACGGAGCACUCUUACUAGAGCAAUACCAGGCGCCCAUUACGGCGGCUUUGACCCCAGCUUUCUCUGCGGACUCUACACCAGAGAUCUUAGCAUCCGCUAUCAAAGCCUGCGCGGUUUUCGUUGGCUCAGGUGUCAUCAAGGAUGUCACCAGGAUGGGUCGAAUCUUGAAAUUGCUCACAUCUGCUCUCGAGCAAUGUCAAGGUUAUGCAGAACCAGGUAUGCUGCGUCUUGGGGAGGCUGUUGACCUAGGACCAAAUGCGUCUGUCAUGUUACGCAUCGCGACGCUCUCGGCGUGGGCAGAACUGCAAGUCUCAAGCACAUCACAGACGUAUCUCAUAGACGUGAUUCGGCCGUACAGCAAGGCCCUAGCGUCCCUAUGGAUAGGUUCUCUCCGUGAUUAUGCAAGUAUCCGAGCGGGAACCGAACUUCUUGACGAUGCCGCAAGCGGAGGAGUUGACUCAUCAUAUGCUAGCCUCGGCAAGGAGGUGUUACUUCCAGUAUGGCUUCUGGACAUCGUAUCCGUUCAUGAGACUAACUGCUACCUCCAGUACUAUAAAGACGCUUGGUCCAUUAUUCUACAGGCCGUCACUACAGCCAUGGACAGUAAUGAUUCGUUUAUUCGUGCGGCUGUUGAUGGUCGCGAGCCAACAGAUGCAGACGCUCAUGCAGCUAUGAACGGCACGGCAUUUGAACAGCCUACGACCUUCUUCUACGUGCUCUUCGGACUGAUCUUCGAGGCUCUAGCUACGUCGACCCCCGAGACCGGAUUGCAGAACAUUCGAAGCACCGUAAUCUCGCUCAGGGCUCUGAAGCAUCUCGUCAGGCCUCAGUAUGCUGGGAACGCAUUCAAGGAGGUCCCCAUCUUUGAAGAACUCGUAAACCUCUGCUACCGUAUGGCCUUGACAGAGCCAGCUGCUGUUCAAGUUUACUUGGUUGAUAGCCUAGCAAGCCUAGCAGAUAGUGUUGCACAGGGCGAGAGAAAACAGCAACAAGACUCGCCUCCGCCCCAGGUGCACUGUCUCAGGAUUUGCGCGUACGUCUUAAAAGGGGCAAUUGGCAACACGAGGGACAAAUCCAUUCAAGAUAACGCGACUCCAGCUGAUCGAGUGCUGUUAAUCAAUGCUGGCUUCGACGCCUAUGCUGUGAUCGCCGCCGCCUGCGAACCAUCUCGUAACAUUGAGUAUCGCACUGUCGCCGUUGCUCUGUACAACGAUUUAUUAACGGACGAGAUAUCCGAAAUGGACCUCGUUGGACCGACACUGCAGUCCCUGAAGAAGCUUCUUGAGAAGGUACCUGAAGAUGACCACGAACGAGUCAAGUACGAGAGAGUGGUCCAUGGGCUUUUAUCGGCAUGCCUCUUGAAUAUAGAUGCGAUGAGAGGUCGCGAUGGUCCUAUGUGCAGGAAGAAGAUAAAAAACAACGUGUUGGCGGCUGUCUUGGUAUUAACCAUCUUGCCUCCUAUCGUAAGACUCAGUCUAGCAGUCAUCGAGCACUGCUGCUUCUUGAUCUCGCAGCAACUUAACGAGUCGAGCGAGAUGGCUUUGACUGCGGCACACUGUGCUAAAACGUUGGUUACUACCUCAGUAAUGGGCAACCCUGCUCUGCAACACUGCGCCGGGCUACUGUUACCGGGCAUGAUCGAAUGCGUUGCACGAGUAGCGGCCCUCGAAGGCGAGCCGACCGAGGUCCGCGUCCAGAUUAUUAGCGAGAUAUGGAAGGCCUUUUCCGCUCUUUUCACUUCGACGAGCGAGGAGAACAAGUCCCGGCUGCUGGGCGUCCUUCUUCCAACGAUGACCCUCCUACUUGAUCCAAGCCGGACGCCGCCUUCAGUGCUGCACGCGCAAACGAUCGCGCAAGCACUCACGUUCGCCGCGGCCUCGCCGCAGGCCUUCAAGGAAGCCACGACGAAACUGCCGGCAGAGCUCAGGGAUACGUUGGAGACCUCGGUCAGGCAAGCCCUCGGCAAGAAGACGUCCGCGAGCGAAGCGCACAAGCCGCAAAUUUCCUUACGGUCGUUCUGAACUAUUCUUGAGGAUAGCAAGAUGUGUCGCGCGCAAAGUAGACACGAUGAUAUUAUUUCGGAUAAUUCAUGCUGUUCAGUCCAGACACGCCAUUGUCAGACAGUUUCUUGGCAAAAGGCUGGACACAAUAAGGAAUAAUAAUAGUGCUGCUCAUGGUCACAGGAUAGAUGUAUUCUACGGCUAAUUGCACAGGCAAAACAAGACAGCAAGAACUAGAAACACCCCCGACUAAGCAAGCGUAAAUCAAGAAUCUUACUCAAUGUACGACAGCGGUGUAGAUGCAUUUAGCCGCUCCUCCUGCAAGCGCUCCUUCAAGCGCUCCGCCGCGGCGUCGUACACAUACUGUACAGGAUGAUGCCACGGCAGCUGCGGCGAAGCAUUUUCCUCAUUAUUGUCCUCCACGAACUCGUCCGAUCGAUGCGAGUCGUUUCCGUGCUCGUAGAAUAGGUCGUCUGGGUCGAACGCUGUCAUCCCCUCGUGUC